AUGGUCUGUGGCGAUGGCGGGCGGUGAUUCAGGCCCUUGUCUGAAGUGAAAGGAUUUUUAAAAAUCGAAAUAUUUAGUAAAAUGAAUUGUCGUUGAUCACUUUAAGUCAUUCAGGCACGCGACUAACGCCGGUUAAGAGGUUUGCGCGGUAUAUAUCGUCCGCAAUACGUCAAGUACAUGAAAAAAUCGUGGUUCCUUUUUAUUGUGAGCUUGUAUAGAUGCGUGGUGAUCAGAUCGCUCGUCGUGUGUGAUUCACGCUUUGGGGGCUCCCGGAUGGCCAAUAUCCAUUCUCUUCUUUCCUGCACUUCAAACAUCGGUCCGUCUGCAACGGACUUGACAUUUCCUCCUCCUCCGACGCCAAAAACAUACUCUCUUUUUGUUUGAUCUUUCAGCUAUAUUAUCCAAACGGCCGGUGGAAUUAUGUUUCAAAUGCUCUGUUCUGUCACAAUUAGUGCAGUGUCGGGCAUGCUUUUUAUCAACUAGAUCUUUGACUAUACUCGACUGUGAUACACUUAAGGCUGCUGAAGGUUCAAAUAAUAAAUGUGAAUAAGUGGAGGCCCAGCUAUAAAGGAAAGGUAAAUAAUACUAAACACCACGAAGAGCAUAAUGUCGGAUGAAGAAGACAAACCUCCGGCACCACCGGUUCGCCUCACCUCAAACAGAGGUGAGUCAACGCCUAAUUUGCCUGUCGACAUGCGUCCUUUGCCUAAAGAACCGGAUUCGGAUGAGCGCAAGAAGAAAACUUUAAAAGGCAAGAUGAAGGUGAAGGAUGGCAAAGACAAGCCGAACAUAAGUUAUCCAACUAAUUUUGAACACACGGUACAUGUUGGAUUCGAUGCUGUUACUGGCGAAUUUACGGGGAUGCCGGAAGCAUGGGCUAGGCUACUGAUGUCUAGCAACAUCAGUAAGCAGGAGCAAAAGAAAAAUCCCCAAGCAGUACUAGAUGUCUUGAAUUGGUACGAUAAUAGUAGCAAAGAAGCAAAGGGCUCAAAGUAUAUGACUACUACUAAAAUGGUUGGGGUUGUUGCGCCGAUUGAACGGGCCAGCAGUCCACGAAGUUUGGGCAUGGGAACUGGUAUCAACAUUGGAACCGUCCGCGGUCAGGCCAUGUCCCAAGCUUCCGGGAGUUCCCAUUCACAGCAUUCACUAAGCAGGGUGAGCAGCAGCAGUCCAAGCAGUACUCCAACAGAUGCUUGCGCAACUAGUUCCGAACAAGAAGAUGAACCACCUCCUCCACCGAUUACCGCCAGACCUGAGCGCACCAAAUCUAUUUAUACCAAACCAAUUGAAGAAGAACCACCUUUGCCAUUACCAACAUCAUUGGGGUCCCCACAGCGAAAUGGAACGCAGCAGCAGCAACCAUCAGGACUCGAUAGAAAUAAAAACCAGGCUACACCUACACCAACGACUACUGACCAAUCAAGACCCACGCAAAGUGAUAAAGCCAGAAAAAAGAAAAUGUCUGAUGACGAAAUAUUGGAAAAACUUAGAACCAUUGUCAGCGUUGGAGAUCCUAAUAGAAAAUAUACAAAGAUGGAAAAAAUCGGGCAAGGUGCUUCAGGAACAGUAUAUACGGCGAUUGAGACCUCGACGGGAAUGGAAGUGGCGAUAAAACAGAUGAACCUCUCGCAGCAGCCGAAGAAAGAGCUGAUAAUAAAUGAAAUCCUUGUUAUGCGGGAGAACAAACAUGCCAACGUUGUUAAUUAUUUGGACAGUUACUUAGUUGGUGAAGAACUCUGGGUAGUUAUGGAAUAUUUACCUGGUGGUAGUUUAACCGAUGUGGUAACUGAAACGUGCAUGGACGAAGGACAAAUAGCUGCAGUGUGUAGAGAAGUGCUUCAAGCUCUCGAAUUUCUACAUUGCAACCAAGUGAUACACAGGGAUAUCAAGUCGGACAAUAUUUUGCUGGGAUUAGAUGGAGGUGUCAAGCUUACAGACUUUGGUUUUUGCGCUCAGAUUUCACCCGAACAGAGUAAGAGAACCACAAUGGUCGGCACUCCGUAUUGGAUGGCACCUGAAGUAGUAACACGCAAACAAUAUGGUCCUAAGGUGGAUAUAUGGUCACUGGGUAUAAUGGCUAUCGAAAUGAUUGAAGGAGAACCACCGUAUUUGAAUGAAAACCCGCUGAGAGCCCUAUAUUUAAUAGCAACUAAUGGUAAACCAGAAAUUAAGGAAAAAGAAAAACUGUCUGGGAUAUUCCAAGACUUCCUAGACCAAUGUCUCGAAGUUGAAGUCGAAAAACGUUCCUCGGCCUCAGAGCUUCUAAAGCAUCCUUUCCUGAAGUUGGCAAGGCCCUUGGCGUCAUUGACACCGUUGAUUAUGGCAGCAAAAGAGGCAGCUAAAGGUCACUGAGUGAUUAAGUGAAAGUGUUACAACUGGACAUUCGAAACAAUUAAAAUAAGGACGAAACGGCCUCAGAGAAUAUUUGAAGAAAAAAAUUUGAGAAAAAAUUAAACACCCUCCCAAAACGGUAACGGCACAAUAAUUCUAUAAUAUAAUAUUAAUAAAUGACGUAUACAUAUAGCUAGGUAGAACGUAUUUGAUACUUUAUACAGUAUCGAGUAUUGAUUCGGAUUUUUCCAAAUAUUCCAUUUUUAACAUUAAAGAUCAAUAAAGUUAAUGAGAACCAAUAAUAUGACACAUGAUGCAAAGCUUGCUGUAUGCAAUAAAUAUUUCAGCAAGUGGAGCUAGAUGUUUCAAUGUCAUUUUCAAAAGCAAGACCAUAAAAUCACUAAUCCGAUAGAACAUUUCCGUCAGUGUUGAUAUAAAUUCUUCGUGUCACAAGGAGACAAAUUAACAAGAUCGGUACGCUCCAGUGGAAAUAAAAAUAAUCUGGUUUAGUACAGGUUUAAUAUGGUUUGCAAACAGAGCGAGGCCAAAUAAUCUAUAUUGAUGAAGAAAAAUGAACUGUCAGUUAUUUUUCAAUGAUAUAAAGUUUCAAACUAGUAUUAUUUUUCACUUCAAAGUUCGAGAUAAUUCAGCUAGGAAAAUCCAAUACUUGUAGUAAACCUUAUUGAUACUAUGAGUAAUCCUAAAUUAAUAUAGUGUACCUGUACAAAGUGAAGCAUUAGUGAUUUUACAGUGAAAUUGGCCACUUGUAAACUUCUGUAGGUAUGCUGUUUGUUGCAACAGUAAAAAGAGAUAAAAUGUGUAACUAGCUCAUUUUACUCUAAAAGCAUGAAUGCUUAGCAUUGUACAUAAAGAAUAGUAAAUGCAUAGGCACGAUAGCCUGGAUUGCUGUUUGGUAA